UUUUGGCUUCAGCUGCCGGGGGUGUCUCUCGCGCCGUGUGCGAGUGGCGCCUUUCCAAUGGCGCCGGAGGUUGCAAUGGAGAGCGAAGCACAAGAGAAGGCGCGGGAAGUGCCUUCAGCGGACUCGCGCCACAGGGCCCAAGUGCGCUUCCAGAAGCUCUUCGCUGAGCUGCUGGUGACCACUGGAGCCGCGGCGACAAAGACGUCCGAGGUCUUCGCAGAGGCGCUGAGAUUGGCGCAGACCGACCGCGCCCUGCCAAAGUACUUUAGCCAUGCUCCAAACUUGGAGACUGUCGCUGCCGUGAACAAGGCAGCGGAAGAGGGACGCGAGCGGGAAGGGAAGGCACAGGAGCUGUGCAGUGACUUUUUCCUUCUGUGCAUGGUGUUCAAGACCCGCCCGGGCCCGCCCACUGAAGAGGACGCCAACUUUGACCACGUCAAGGCAGCAAAGCUUUUUGAGGAUCUGUCACCGGAGGCCUCAGAAGCGAGCCUUGUGGCCUUGUGCGGCCUCGUGGAUCAGAUGCUGCAGCAAGGCAGCGAGGAGCUGCACUUGCCGGCCUACCUCCGCGCCGUCAUGGUGAUGCUCUCCCAUCCAGGUCUUGGAGAACUGGGCGACUUUGAGGCGCUCAAGAAGAUCUUGGAGUUGGUUGCCCAGCUGCACAAGACCAAGGGCACCAAGGAGAUAUUGUCGAAAUGGUACAGCCAGCUGCCGAUGACAGUCCUGGAAGGAAGGCUGGCUCAGUUGCAGCAAUUCGUUACGCUCUCGCUGCUAGAAGCGCAGGGCGAUGGGUUUACCUUGGAGGAUGUCUCGGCGAUGGGACAGAAGGAUGGCCUUGCGAGGCAUAUCCGGAACGCCCUGCGGCUCAUGGACGUGUGCUGGGGUGCCAACCAGCUUCGAUUGGAGCACCAGCAGCACUGGCGCACACGCCGCAAGGCGCAGAAGUUACGGCAGCAAGGCCAGCUCUUGGAGGAUGAGGCGGCUUUGACACUUCCAGUGACACAGUUCCACAACGACGCCGUCAAUGAGUGCGAGGAAGGUGUGCUGAAGCAUGACCUCAAGGAGGUGCUGGAAAUGCAGUAUCGGGGCCAGUACUUCGCGACAAUUCAGGAAGAGAGGAGACGCGACUUCGGCAUCAUCGAGUUUCCCUUUGUGCUGACUCCCGUGUCGAAGGUUCGCAUGCUCAACAUCGAGUCUCUGCUUUUGCAGAGGGAGGAGAUCCGGCGAAAUAUGACACUCUCAGUGAUCUUGCGGGGCGGCCUGAGCGAGAAUCCCUGGCUGGUUCUCAAGGUGCGUCGUGAUCACAUUGUGGAGGAUUCGCUGCGACAACUGGCAGAAGUGGGUCGAGAUCCUCUCAAGAAGCCUUUGAAGAUUCAUUUCGAUGGCGAGGAAGGUGUCGAUGAGGGUGGAGUGCAGAAGGAGUUCUUCCAGUUGCUCGUUGAGCAGCUUUAUGAAGAGGACUAUGGCAUGUUCGAGCGAGUUGACGAGAGCCGAAACUUCUGGUUCAACAAGAACUCGUUCGAGGCGAACGUUCAGUUCCAGCUCUUCGGCAUUGUGCUGGGCCUGGCGAUCUACAACCAGGUGAUCCUGGACGUUCACUUCCCCAUGGCUGUCUACAAGAAGCUGAUGCACGGGACCCGCGCCAACUUGGGCCUCCACGAUCUGCUGGAUUUCCAGCCCUCCCUGGCGCAGGGGCUGAUCACACUGCUGGAGCACGAGGAUAGCGCCACCUUUCAGGAGACCUUCGGCCCCCUCCACUUCUGCGUGGAGUAUGAGUGGCUGGGCUGCCUGCAGGAGGCAGAGCUGAAAGAGGGUGGCAAAGACAUCGAGGUCACCUUUGAAAACCGUGAGGAGUACGUCCGUAGAUACAUCGACUACAUCUUCAAUACCUCAGUGGAGCGUCAGUUCAAUGCCUUCAGAAACGGCUUCGACGCAUGCAUCAGUGGCACUCUCUUUAGGCAACUCUUUAGGUACGACGAGCUAGAGCUGCUAAUCUGUGGCUCGCAAGAGCUCGACUUCCGAGCCCUCGAGAGUGCCGCCAGCUACCAGGAUGGCUUCACGUCCAGCUCCGAGCCUGUCCGAUGGUUCUGGGAGGUUGUGCACGACCUCACUGUGGAAGAGAAGAGGAGCCUGCUUCAGUUCUGUACUGGCUGCGACCGUGCUCCGGUGGGCGGAUUGGGUAGGCUACCCCUCAUCGUCUCCAGAGCAGGCCCUGAUAGCGAUGUCUUGCCCACAGUCCACACCUGCUUCAACCACCUUCUCCUGCCGGACUACAAAUCCAAGGACAAGUUGGAGUCCCGCUUGCGGCUGGCUAUCCAGCACUGCCACGGGUUCGGCCUCAAGUGAGGCGAGCGAUUAGGAAGUCUGCUGACCCUUGAGCGCGCAAAGCACAUAGCGCAACGCAAGCAGCGAUGUGCAUGUGCAGAUGACGGAUUGUCUUAAAGUAUCGGAGGAUGUCAUCAGAAGCUAUG